GCUGUUGGGCUGCCGGCCCCGACAGGUCCCAGCGAGCAGCGGGGUUUGGCAGAGCACGGAGCAGCGUCGCUGCCUCCCAUGCGCAGGUAGGAGGAGGGCAGCCGUGCCGUGCCGUGCCUGCAGCUGUGCUGUGCUUGCAGCUGUGCUGUGCCUGCGGCUGUGCCGUGCCUGCAGCUCUCCCAUGCAUUGCUGGCGGCAGAGGGGAGAGCAGCGGUGACGGCGAUGCAGAGCACCCCCAACUACCUCUGGAGCACGGACGACCUGCUGGGCCAGGGAGCCACGGCCUGCGUCUACAAAGCCCGCAGCAAGAAAUCAGGGGAGCUGGUUGCCGUCAAGGUCUUCAACAAAGCCAGCUACCUGCGCCCGCAGGAGGUGCAGAUGCGGGAGUUCGAGAUGCUGCGGAAGCUGAACCAUAAGAACAUUGUCAAGUUAUUCGCAGUGGAGGAGACGGGCAGCAGCAAGCAGAAGGUGCUGGUGAUGGAGUACUGCUCCAGUGGCAGCCUGCUGAGCAUCCUUGAGGACCCCGCCAACGCUUUUGGCUUGGCUGAGCCCGAGUUCCUCGUGGUGCUGCAGUGCGUGGUGGCCGGGAUGAACCACCUCCGUGAGAACGGCGUUGUGCACCGGGACAUCAAACCCGGCAACAUCAUGCGCCUGGUGGGGGAGGACGGGCAGAGCAUCUACAAACUGACUGACUUCGGUGCCGCCCGGGAGCUGGAGGACGAUGAGAAGUUUGUGUCUGUCUAUGGGACAGAGGAGUACCUGCACCCCGACAUGUAUGAGCGUGCUGUCCUGCGUAAGCCACAGCAGAAGGCCUACGGUGUCACUGUCGACCUAUGGAGCAUCGGUGUCACCUUCUACCAUGCUGCCACCGGCCGGCUGCCCUUCGUGCCCUUCGGGGGACCCCGCAGGAACAAGGAGACCAUGUACAAGAUCACCACUGAGAAGCCCCCCGGGGCCAUUGCAGGCGUGCAGAGGCAGGAGAACGGCAGCAUCGAGUGGAGCUACGAGCUGCCCCUCACUUGCCAGCUGUCGGUGGGGCUGAAGGAUCAGCUCGUCCCCAUUCUGGCCAACAUCCUGGAGGUGGACCAGGAGAAGUGCUGGGGCUUCGAUCAGUUCCUUGCUGAAACCAAUGACAUUUUGCACAGGAUCGUGGUCGACGUCUUCUCCCUGCAGCAGGCGUCCUCGCACCGCAUCUACAUCCACUCCUACAACACUACCAGCAAGUUUUUGGAUGCUGUCUUCAAACAAACAGACAUUGUCCCUCACCACCAAGAGUAUUUUUUUGAAGGCCACCCGUACGAGUUGGACCCCAACCUCCAAGCCCAUAACUUCUGCAGAACAGCCCGGCACAACCCUCUGACCCUGCUGAGCUGUGCUGAGCAGCCAGAGGACGUGGUGGGCGUGAGAUACAAAGACCCGGCGCUCGACUUCCCCAAGUUCGUCCCCAAGGUGGACGUGGUGGCCGACUGCAGCGCUGCCAAGAGCGCGGUGGGCGCCGUGCACCAGGCGCUGCGGAUCGCGCAGGAGCUGCGGCAGUGCCAGGAGCUGACAGUGCGGGGGCUGCACUGGGUGAUUGGCAACCUGAGGUCUGAGUGCUCGAGGGUUUUGGAGCAGAGGAGAGGGGUGCACGCAGUGCUCUCCGGGCUGCAGCUGAUGGAGGGGAAGACCCGCGGGCUGUAUGAGGCCAUUCCUGGGGGCAGUGCACUGCCAGCCCUGAAGGACGUGGCUGCAGUGAGGAUACGGCUGCAGAGGGUGGCAGAGGAGCUUUCCCAGUGCUCCCACAGCAUCUUUGACUUCCAAGGGGCGCUGGAUGGGAUGGUGUCUGAACUGGUGCAGCAUGGACAACAAGCACACGAAGACAAAAGCAUCCGGCAGAUUGAGUGCUGUCUGGAGAAGAUGCAGCUCAUCUACAAGCAGUUCCGCAAGGCCAGGACGUGUCCAGCGUUGGGCUACAAUGAGGAGCAGAUACACAAACUGGACAAGGUGAAUUUGGGGGACUUGGCCAGAAAGGUGCUGCUCAUCUUCCAGGACAAGUGUGCACAGCGGUACCAGGAGGCUCUGGUCCUACAUGGCAGCAGGAUGAGGAAAGUCUGUGAGAUAAAGAAGCAACUGAAGAGGCUCAGCAACCGCAUCAGCACCUGCAGCGUGGAGGCCAGCGAGUGCCAGGACUGCCUGCAGCUGGCUCUGGACAAGUUCCUGCAGACGGUUGUGCCAGAGAAGCAUAGCCUGGCCAUGGUCCCUGCAGUGCCUUCACCCGUUCCCCUGAGCCAAAUGCGCCGGGAGAUGGCUUUGCAGAUGCAGGAGCUGCUGGAGCAGAUGAAGUCGGUAUCGUACGACCUCCAGUUCAACAACAGCAUCAUCGAGAGGCUCAGCGGGGCUGCUCCUGCUCCUGGGGUCUGAGCAUGGCGUGUUUGCAGCUGCAAAAGAGAACAGGGGAUCACUGCCAGCAUCGCAGGUCCUGCACCAUGCACUGCUCCGACGUUCCGUUGGUGUUGGAGCAGCUCUCUGGAUCCUACCUCUGUGCCCCAGCACUUUUGCACAGUUCUGCAGCACUGGGUGGCUGCAAGCCUCGAUUACUUGAUGACAAACUGAUGCAGCACCAGGUUUUUCCCUUUUAAAAAGUGCUUGAAGGACUCGAUGGCUUUCUGGCUUCUCCGUAUCCCAAUGUCGGAUGAAGAAGAGUGGAGACAGGGAGAUUUUCUUCUGCCUUUUUGUGUUUUCAGGGAUUUCUGACCCUCCUCACUGAGCCCAGGGCAGGAGGGGCUGCACCCAAUGGAGGAGAUGACAACACCGGCCCCAGUGCUGUCGCUGCCCCUAUUGCCCUCCUCCUGCCCUCAGCCCCAACCCCAGCUCAGCCCCAUCCCGGCACUGCUGAUGGCUGUGGGCACAGGAAGCUGGGGGAGGUUUCUCUGUUUUGGUGCAUUUUUGUAAAUAUAACUGAGAUCUGUCAAAAAGAA